AUGGUCCAAUCUUUGACGAUAGCUGCUUUCGCAGCUCUAACAUCGGUCGCAGCAGCCGCUCGCUGCCAGAACUUGACCAUACCUAUCUCUGUCUCGGCCCGUAAUGGAGUCUUCAAUCAGACAAAUCCAACCAAUGCCAUCGAGGCCACGAACUUUGCUCUACGAAUGUCCCGACAAGGACACAAUUACACGCAGGAGAGUUUGACCGGAUACAACACAGUAUCGGGCAAUUACCAGAUUGCUGCAACUUAUUGCGAACCUGACGCAGGCCCUGGCAAAGUGGUACAAGUCCUAACGCACGGCAUCGGAUUCGAUAGAAGUUACUGGGACUUCUCAUACAACAACUACAACUACUCAUACGUCCGAGAGGCUGUAGACCAUUAUGGGUACAGCACGUUUGCCUUCGAUCGAUUAGGUAUCGGCAUGUCGACACAUUUCACGGACCCAAUCAACGAGGGUCAGAUUUGGAUUGAGGUCGCAGCUCUGAGAUACCUCACCCAAGGCCUCCGAGCUUCAUCGAUACCCGGUGUUUCGGCCAAGUUUCAAAAGAUUGUCCACGUCGGACAUUCUUUCGGUAGCUCGCAGACCUACGCCUUGACCGCUGCAGACCCAAGCAUCAGUGACGGUCUCGUCUUGACUGGCUUUUCACAGAAUGGCAGCUUUGCGUCGCAGUUCAUCCUAGGAUCGAACUUCAUCAUCGCAAAUACCGUCCCAGCACUUUCGAGCUACGUAACUGGCUACCUUGCACCACAAAGCGCAGUCGGAGUUCAAAUCGAUUUCUUCGCACCCAACUCCUUCGACCCUCAGCUGCUGCAGGUCGCGUACCAAAAUGGCCAGCCCGUGACACCUGGAGAGAUCAUGACCCUCGUUGGCGCCAGCGCCAGACCCAACCCAGUCGCCAAGCCAGUUCUGGUAAUCACCGGAGAGCACGACACUCCCUACUGCGGCGGUGACUGCCUCGCAACCGGCAACGCAUCACUCCCCUCCAUCCCAGCCGCAUCACGGAUGUUCCUCCCAAACGCCGCACCCUUCCAAGCAUUCAUCGUUCCGGGCUCCGGCCACGGCUUAAACUUUGAGUAUUCACACCCAACCACAUACGGUACGAUUUUGAACUUCCUUGCCCAGAACGGUCUUGCGGCGAAGUAG